AUGGCUGAGGAUGGCGCAAGACCUUCCUCGGACUCGAAUAGAAACUCAUGGGUGAUGAGUUCAACUCCUGCAUCCGCUAUCCCAUUCCUGCGCGACGAGGAGGUCGCGACCAGCGCCCAUGGAAUUACGGUCGCGUUGGCUCUGGCUGAACCGGUCGUGUACUUGCCACACUUUGACCCCGCUGAUACCAGAUCAGUCAUGCUGAGUGGACAUUUGCGACUCAGAUUGACGAGGACUGUCAAAAUAAAGAAAGUUGAACUCGUGUUCAAGGGCGUCGCACAGAAGAAGAUACCGAACGGGAUUCUUCCAAAGAAGUCACAAGUCCAAAACGUAAAAGAGCUCAACAAGCACGUCUGGCCGGUAUUCCUUGCAGGUGCACAUGAGGGACUUUCGAUGUCAAACAUCGAAUACAAUGCAAAUAAUUUUAAAUUUGCAAGCCCCCAAUUUGCGACAAUAAAUCAUAACCACAAUAAUAAAGAGGCGAUGGACUUCUCACUACAAGCAAAUUUCAAACAUGCUUGUGGGAUUGGUAACUGCGAGCCCUGGGCCCGUGGGGUUUCGAGGUUACACCGCGGCUACAAACUCUUUCCUCCCGGCGAUUAUACAUACGAUUUUGAACAACUGAUCGAUUCACAUAACCCUGAAACAAUAGAAAACGAGAUAAUUUCUGUCAGAUGGCUCCUUCAAGCAGUCGUUGAACACUCAGGAGCGUUCCAGUCAAACCUGUCUGGCAUUCGAUAUAUCCCCUUCAUCCGGAGCCCCGUUGGGGAAUGCCUAGAACAGGUUGAGCCAGUUGCGAUAUCAAGAGAUUGGAAGGAUAAACUCCAUUACAAUAUCACAAUUUUUGGAAAAUCAUUCCCUCUGGGAUCACAGAUACCUAUCGCCAUAAAACUCAUCCCGUUCGCGAAAAUUACUUGCCGUCGAAUCCAAGUCUGGGUGUUGGAAAAUCUACAUUUUCAUGGCAGGGCUAACCAUCAUGUCGAGCCGCGUAAAAGGUUUUUACUUUUCGAGAAGACGGCGCAUUCGGCAAGUUCCAACAAUUAUUCAGGGAACUCGACGCGAGUCACCGCCGGUGGUGGCAUUCCUUGGAACGAUCGAGCGGCUGCUAUCGCAGGAGAGGAAUUUGUUGAUCACAACCGGAACAAUUUGCUGGGUGAUCUCAGCGAUGGCUGUCAAGCUGGGCCAAUUGAAAUGGAAUUGAAUGUGCAGAUCCCUAACUGCCAAUCUAUUAAGGGUAAGGAUGAAAUGCAAAAGUUGCGUUGUGACGCUACAUAUGAAAGCAUCGAAAUCUCUCAUCGGAUUAUGGUAAGCGCAUACCAAAUAAAGCAGAGUAAUUCCAUUCAUUUGCCCGAUUAUAGUGACUUGCUCUGUUUUAUGUUACGUGGCUGGAGAAGCAUGAAAAGCUGCUCUGAAAGUUUCUGA